AUGUCGGUGGAAAGUGCAACACUUGGAGCAAUUAUUGUUUCCGGUGCAACACUUCUCAUUUGUUUAUUUGCAAUUGCAACAAUACACAAUGAUGUUACAUCAAUUUGGACUGAAUUAGAUUCAGAAAUUGUUUCUUUUAAGAUUAAAACGGAUGAUUUGUGGAAAGAAAUGAUUGGUCUUGGCGCUGGUACACCCUCAAAUCGUUUACGUCGUCAGGCUAGCUCUAAUAUCUAUGAUAAAAGUAAAACAAGUGAUAGUGGUAGCGGUGAUGGUUAUGAAAAUUCUAAUGGCGCUAAUAGCAACAAUUACAAUAGUCCAUCAAGCAGUAAUAGUGGCAGCAAUUAUGGUAGCUUAACAGGAGAUACCAGUGGUGAUAAUGGUAGUAAUGGAUAUAAUUCUGGUGGAGGAAAUUAUGGUGGUGACAUACCACCAAUGAUAGUCAACGAACGUUAUAACAAUCCAUAUAAUGUGAUUUCACAAGAAGUAAUGCCCAGUAAAGUAAACCAUAAUAAUGCGGGAAGAUCCGAUAUCAAAAUUUAUUUAAAAGGUCUUGCACCAACUACUGCACCAACAAUAAUGAAUACUGACGAUAAUAUUCAUGGGAAACCUGGUAACGGACUUUUUGUCUCACCGAUUCGUUAUGGUAGUUCAGGAGGCCAGACUGGACAGCAAUUUCAAUCAUUCGGCGGUUCUUUUAUACCUCCAGGUUUUACGGAAAAUGGAUGGUGCAUGUGCAGUUUGAAAAACACUUGCCCACCAGGUCCACCAGGACCGAAAGGUGAAAAAGGUGUUGAUGGUGAAAAUGGAAUCCCUGGUAAAGAUGGUAUUGAUGGGAUUGAUGCAGAAGAUGUUCAACAAGAAGGUCCAUCUGGAUGUUUCAGUUGUCCGGAAGGUCCACCAGGUCCUCCAGGACCACCCGGCCGGACGGGCAUCCGUGGACAACGUGGACCAAAAGGCACACCAGGUUUUCCGGGCCGUGAUGGAAAUCCAGGACCACCAGGCGAUAUUGGUCCACCAGGACCACCAGGAUUGGAUGGUAAGCCUGGGGAGCCAGGAGAAAAGGGCGCUGAUGCUGAAAAAGUUGUUGGACGGAAAGGCAAUCGUGGUCCACCGGGUGACCAGGGCCCUGAAGGACCACCUGGAGACAAAGGCAAAGAUGCACCACCAGGAGAACCAGGUCCUCAAGGGCCUGUAGGACAUCCAGGUUUUCAAGGGCCACAGGGAAGUGACGGUGAAGAAGGUCCAGAAGGUCCACCCGGAAAUUCCGGUAAAGAUGCUGAGUACUGUCCAUGUCCGGCGCGUGAACAUCGACUACGUCCUGGUUCUGGAAAAAAUGAUGAUAGGGAAAGCAAAACGGAAGAGGUGCAAUCUAAGAGCGAUGAAGAGAGCGGAGGAUUCGGAAAAACCGAUUUUGAAAAUCCUGAUGAUAGCAGUAAACCAUACAAAUCACGACGUACACUACUUUAA